AUGCUCCCCGCCGCUCGCUCGCUCUUGCGGCAGUCGGCAACACGCGUACCCCAGCGGGCAGCGCUCCUCGGCGCGCGCUCAAUCAGUACACCUGUGCGCUCGGCCGCCCAAGCAACCCAGGCAUUUGAGCGUGUCCGCGCCGCUGCCUCGUCCCAGGCGGCACCAGCUCCGCCUACGUCAAAGCCUCCUCCUUCCCACAAGCCCCCCAAGCGCCGUCUCGAGGCCGCGUCUGCACCACUGCGUAACAACCCUACACCUACCCGUGGUCCCAUCUUGCAAUGCAUCGCCCACACCACCGCAGAGCGCUACGAUCUCGUCUUUCUGGGCGCAGUCCUGCGUCGCAUGGGCGUUCAAUGGAACGAGGUUCCGGAGGGCGACCGCGACCGUGCGAUCGUCAUUGGGCCAUGGAAGGGUCGUGGUGGAGCCGAGCGCCUUAUCCGCGGCAAGGACGUGCGCCGCGUCGAGGACGAAGGCGACGAUGGUGACCUUGUCGACAUGGGCUUUGAGUAUGGCGAACGCGGCGAGAUCUGGGUCUUUUCGUCCGGCUCGUUUGUGACCUGGGGCCUCACCGAAGAGGAGGGUCGCGCCUUCCUUCGCGACGUUAUUCGCCACAGGGGUUCCCGUGUGGAGAUUGAUCGCUUGACUGCCGAAGAGUACGAGGUUGAGGAGGUCGACUUUGUUGUUGACCCCACUGCCACCACGUUUGUGCUCGGCAACCUCAUCCUUCUGGGCCGUCCGCCAGAGCUCUCCACUUUCCCCUCGUCGCCUUCACUCGCCUCCCUUCUGGCUCGUUACACCCUCUCGCUGUCUCUGACGCGCUCGUCGUCCUUGUCCGUCCUCGAGGACCGCCUUGACAAGCACAUUGCGUCCGUCUCCCUCCUGCCCCGUGCUCUCGAGCGCUUUGGAGCCCAGCCCAUGGGCCGUCGCGAGGUCAUUCGCAAGAUGGGCGAGCUCAUGAGCCUCCGCAUGGCCGUCAACACCCGUGGUGGUGGCCUCGAAGACACGCCCGAGUUUUACUGGUCCGAGCCCGAGCUUGAAGCGUACUUCGACAGUGUCGCCAAAGAGUUUGAGAUCAAGGAGCGUAUCGACACCAUCAACAAGAAGAUUGACUACGCGCAAGAGGUCCAGAACACUCUCCGUGCUCUGCUGACCGAGGCCUCUGGCCACCGCAUGGAGCUUAUCAUCAUUCUCCUCAUCACCGUCGAGGUCAUCAUUGCUCUCAUCCGUGAAGGCCCCGAGCUGUGGCGUCACUUUGGCGCACCAGUUAUUGAGAAGCUCCAGGAGCUGAUUCCCGACCCAACCCGUCCGCCCAAGACCUUGGCUGCCACUGGUGACCAUGUUGACCAGGGGACUGACCAGUGGACUCCCGCAGCUACUUCUGUCGUCGUUGGCACCGAUAACCAAACGCACCCCCGCCUUGUAUAG